CUGUUAUUAACACUGUGUUGAACUUGAACUUGAAUGCUUGCCUGUUCCGUUCACUGUCACAUGAGAUAAGCAUCAGAUGGUGAAGGAGGGGAAGACGUAGAAAUGAUGCAACAGGAGACAGCUCCCGUUCCUGUCCUGUCGAAGAAAACCAAACAGCCUACGGAAUGUUUCUUGGUACAACCAAAGGAAACAAAGGAAGAUGCCACCAAGACCAGGAAGAGGAGAAAGAAGAAAAUUACUGACAUUCUUGCAAAAUCAGAGCCAAAACCUGGGAUACCUGAAGACCUGCAGAAACUGAUGAAGGACUAUUACAGCAGCAGUCGCUCAGUGAUUGAAUUAGAAGAACUGAAGCUACCAGACUCCUGUUUCCUCAAGGCCAACGAUUUGACUCAUAGUCUUUCAUCAUACCUAAAAGAAAUCUGCCCUAAGUGGGUAAAACUUCGGAAAAACCAUACAGAGAAGAAGUCAGUCCUAAUGCUGAUCAUCUGCAGCUCUGCCGUCCGAGCCCUGGAGCUUAUUAGGUCAAUGACAGCAUUCAGAGGAGACAGCAAAGUUAUGAAAUUAUUUGCAAAACACAUAAAGGUCCAGGAGCAGGUAAAGUUGCUGGAGAAGCGUGCCGUGCACCUGGGUGUAGGAACUCCAGGGAGGAUUAAAGAACUCGUUAAACAAGGUGGCCUUAAUUUGAACCCCUUAAAGUUUCUGGUUUUUGACUGGAAUUGGAGAGAUCAGAAGUUGAGGAGGAUGAUGGACAUUCCCGAGAUAAAAAAGGAAGUUUUUGAACUUCUGGAAAUGGGAGUCCUCAGUCUGUGCAAGUCGGAAUCCUUGAAGCUGGGCCUCUUCUAAUCUGUGUCCCAGUGAAGAUCCCAGGGUUCACAGUGGGAUUUGCCUCUUGUUCAAUGGCUCAAACACACUGCAGACACUCAGUACAAAUCAGCUGCUUUUUUAUUGCAUUAGCCGCAUCACCAGGUAGACCCCUGGGAAUGUGUGAUCAACAUGAAUCUGUCCUUUGCCAACCCCUUGUAUAAUAAAAUAUUGCCAGCUUGUUCUUCUC